AUGGCUAAUCUGAAGGUUUUCUACUUUGUAAUAGUCGGCCAUAACGAUCAGCCUCUGUUCGAGAUGGAUUUUCCACUUGGAGACAAGAAGGUUCGUGAGAUCGAAAACCGGUAUUUAAACCAGUUCAUUGCCCAUGCUGCUCUUGAUAUUGUUGAUGAGCAGGCCUUAACCAAUAACAACAUGUAUCUUAAGAUUGUGGAUAAGUUCAAUGAGUGGUUUGUAUCUGCUUUUGUUUCUGCUGGACGUAUCCGUUUUCUCAUGCUCCACACACAACGAUGUGAUGAAGGAAUUCGACAGUUCUUCCAGGAGAUGUACGAAACCUACAUAAAAUAUUCGAUGAACCCCUUCUAUACAAUCGAUUCAAUGAUAAAAUCUCACUCGUUCGAGCAGAAAGCUGCGCUUUAUGGACGAAAGUACCUGACUUAA